AUGUCAGACAGUGAGGGUAAGCACCAAGGGGAAGAACAUGUAGGUAAGGUCCCUGUGAAGAGCAGUAAUGUGGGGGAAGAGAGAUCAGAUCUUUCCCCAGAGGCAGACAUAGAUCGUGGAGGUAUGGAUUCAGAGUUAACUCACAAGAGGAGUCCCAUUUCUCAACCAGAGGAAUCAGACCGAAACCCAGCUGCCAUGGAGGAAACACUGAGCAACGGCCAUGGAAAACCUGAUCUGUCCCCAGACCUGGAACUACACGAGACCGAACCUCUUGUUGCCAGCAUGCAGAGUGAUGUGACUGGGCACAGACGAAUAGGAGGUCAAAAGGUCAAAGGCACUAAUCACACUGUGUCUUCUGCCAUACCUUCUCCCACAGUAAACACCUCUGUUUCUGGUAAACGUUCUGUGGUGCUCUCUAAUGAAGCCAGGAAAGAGAUGAUCAAACACACUAAAGCACUGAAGGAUGAACGCCGGGCUUCACUUGACGGCCGGCAUAAAUACGUGAUCAGUAAACUUGUUGAUGCUGUUAAUCUGGGAUCAGCUGAGGUGGAAGAAGCCCUCAUCACAGAUGAUAAAUUCCACAUGAUCGAGGAAUUCUUCUCAGCACAUGGGUCCAAGAAACUGCUUUUCUUCUACCAGGCAACUCACUGGAGCCCUCAUUCCUGGACUGAUGUAGUCAAUUCAGUCUGUGGGCCAAAAAAGCUUUUCAUCACCACGGGUACUGCAGAGGGACUCCUGGGAAGGUGUUUGUUUUUUCUACGAAGUACAGAGAAGGCCAUAACGACAGCAAACAUCUCCCAGGAGGUGAAUUUCGGAAUGCUUGACUGCUCCGACGGGAACAUCUUGUCCAGUUUGGAGAACCUUUUCUCCAGAGUCAUGUUACCAGCUCUCAGGUCACAAGAGGACUGGGGAGCGGUGAGAGAGGGCCAGAGGAGUGUCCAGGUCCAGGAUUUCCUCAGCUCUGUGGACCAUUUCAUCAAUAGUCUGUCCUCUGCAAGGUUAAACAUGGAUAAUAAGUUUCAGCUACACAGCACUGGUUCUGGUUCCAGCCUGAGUCACCUGCAGGGCCCUGCAGACUACACUGCCGCUGCCAGUAACUCAGAGCUGGUGGAGAGCCUGGAGGCUGUCCUCCUGCAAUGGGCCAAUCAAAUCGAGCAGGUUCUGACUGAGAGCGAACAGAUGAGGAAGGAGGCAGAUGACAUUGGCCCAUCGGCAGAACUGGAGCACUGGAAGAGACGCAUGGCGACUUUCAACAGUCUCCUUGAUGAAGUCAAAAAACCUCAUGUAAAGAAAAUCAUAGGAGUGCUGCAAGUGGCCAAGUCCAAAACCCUGAGGAAAUGGAAAGAGUUGGAUGGAAACAUCACAGUUGUGGCUAAUGAAGCGAAAGAUAAUGUGAAGUAUCUGUACACUCUAGAGAGAUAUUUCAGGCCUCUGGGAAAGUGCACUCCGACCAGUAUGUUGGAGCACAUUCCUGGUCUGCUCAACAGCAUCCGAAUGAUCCAGAGCAUUUCCCAAUACUACAACACCUCGGAGCACAUGACGUCGCUCUUCGUGAAGGUCACUAACCAAAUGGUCAGCACCUGUAAGACCUACCUCUGUCAGGGUGUGACCAAAGUGUGGGACCUGGAGAGACCAGAGCUGUUGAAGAGGAUCAGAGAAUGUGCCCAACUGAACCAGGAAUACCAGCAUUGCUUCCAGAGAGUGCGUGAGAAACUCCAGGAGGAUCCUAACAACCGGCAGUUUGAGUUCAGUGAGAAUUAUAUCUUUGGGAAGUUUGAUACAUUCUGCAAACGUUUGGAGAAGAUUGCAGACAUGGUGUCAACUCUGGACAGUCUCUCAGCUCUUCAGCACAUGAAGGUCGAGGGCAUAGAGAGGAUUUACGCCCGCUACCAGACCAUUGUCACUGGCAUUAAGUCCAAAACCUACAGUGCACUGGACCAUCGAAAAGUAGAGUUUGACAAUGACUAUGCAGAAUUCAGAGGCCAAAUCCAGGGGCUGUUUCAAUCUCUUCAAACACUGCUGGACACCUGGCUCCACCAAUCAGCAUCUACAGAGCGAAUGCUUGAACUGUUGUCCAAGUUUGAAAACGGUGUGGGUCAGCACCUGGACCUGAGGGACAGGUAUGUGGUGGUCCUGCAACGCUAUGGCCAAGAGCUGGAGUUUAUGAGGAAGCUCUACCAAAAACACAAGGAAAACCCACCAAUCCCACGCAACAUGCCCUCUGUUGCUGGAAAAAUUAUGUGGUCCCGUCAACUUUUCCGAAAAAUAGAACGACCAAUGGCAAUCCUGAAAGAGAAAUUAGGCAUCUUACAGGGUGCAGAGGUGAAGAGAAUCAUUCGUGCGUACAACAGGAUAGCGACUGUUCUGCUGGAGUAUGAGCUGUUAAACCACAGAGGCUGGAUCAGAGCUGUGGAGCUGGGACUUCAUGGCCUCAAUGCCUCCUUACUCAUCAGACAUCCUCAAUCCAAGGAGACAUACGUGAAUCUUGACCCCACAGUCCUAGAGGUGUUGCAUGAGGCCAGGUAUAUGGACAGGUUAGGAGCCGAGGUGCCAAAGGUCAUUCUGAAAAUGUGUGCUAAUGAGGCCCAGCUGAAGAGACAUCAAAAUAAACUGCAGGAGUUGCUGCAGGAUUUCCAGACAUGCCAAGACCGUAUUCCCGUGGCCCUCCGGCCUCUGAUGGUGCCUUUCAUCCAUCAUGUGGAGAUGGCUCUGUCCCCUGGAAUCACGUCUCUCUCCUGGACCUCACUCAACAUAGACACUUUCAUAGAUGACGUGUACGUGGUCCUGCGAGAACUGGAGCAGGUGGCGAAGGUUGCCAUGGAUAUUUUAGAGUGUCGUGUGGAGAGGCUGCUUCAGGUCAUGUCCAGCACUACUUUGUUAGAGCUGCCAGAGGAAGAGCCUGUUUUACCCCACACAUUUCUGACUCAGACAGAGGCCACGGUCAGAUCGGCCAGCCACACACUGACCUUCCAAAGUCAGCAGGUGGAAAUUUCCAUGUUCGAGCUGAUCAAUGAACUCAAGAGAAGGAUGAAACCUGCAGAAAGGGUGAAUCUGGAGGGCUCGCUCCAGUGUCUGCAUCCUGAUGCCAAGCAGAAGACGCGAUGCCAGACAUGCCUGCCAUGUGGCCUCUACACCCUGAUGGGCCAGCUGUGUCAGAGGAACACAGAGGCUCUGGUCAAAGCCACUAAACUGUCUUUGGACACUCUGAGGCGGCGACUACAUGUCUCCAGCCCGAUGUAUCACUCCACAUCCCAGCCAAAUCGCUCCUCAGCACAGACCCCCAUCUUCAAAGCCUCAGUCCAGCUGGCCAUCCCAAACAUUACUCUCAGACCCAGCCUGGAGGAAAUUCAGAGUAUUCUUAACAAAGUUGUGAACACGAUACUCUCAAUGGCUAAGGAUAUUCCACUGUGGGAAUUUGCCCAUCUCCAUCACAAACAGUUGUUGCUGGAGCAGCAGGCAGCACGAGACCUAGGGGACGACGGCCCAGUGACAAAGCAGAUCACACUGAGACCACUGGACCGACAGCUGGCUGAGCACAAAGACGUGACCAAGGCGGUGGUCCAGCUCAGCUCCAUUGUGUCCUCUCUGAGGGCUGAUGCCGGGGAUAUCCUGGGAGGACUUAGCCACUUCUCCACGCUUUGGAACCAAGAUCCCGAAGAGCAGGUGAAAGCCUUUUUAGCGACCAGCCCAUCCCUCCCAGAGUUCAGCGCUCAGCUUGCAUCUUACUCUACUCUGGAGGCUCAGAUUGAGGAUCUCCCGGCCACGUGCACAGUGGGCUCCAUCCUGUAUGACACCCAGCCCCUCAGGCUCUCCCUCAAACAGGAGUGUCGGGCGUGGAAGUGGGCGUUUGGGGUGGCUCUGAACCGCCGAGCAUCCACUGACAUGGCUGAGAUCAGCUCGUUUGUGGACAGUGUCAGUAAACAGCUCCAGAGACCCAUCGAGGACCUGGAUGACGUGCGAGCAGCGAUGGCCACGCUGAAGGACGUGCGUGAGGCUGAGAUCCGUAUUGACACCAUAAUCGGACCCGUGGAGGAGUCGUUCGUCCUGCUGAAUAGGCAUGAACUUCACUUUAGUGAUGGCAAUGCUGAGAGAAUAGACAGUCUAAUGUACGCGUGGAAAAACCUCAACCAACUGGUUAUGCAAACACAAAACACACUAGUAGAGCUCCAGCCACGUAUGAAGGCUGAACUGCUGGCUGGAGUGGAGGCGUUUCAGAGCACAGUUCAAAACUUCUAUGUGGAUUAUGACAGCAGUGGUCCUGGGGUGGAGGGGUUGGCUCCCAGUGAGGCCAGUGACAGACUCCAGGCCUUCCAGGCCCAGUUUGAUGAGCUGUGGAGAAAAUACAUCACCUUCUCCAGCGGCGAGGAGCUCUUUGGACUAACAGUGAAAGAGUAUCCUGACCUUCAUCGAAUAAAAAGGGAGCUGACACUCCUGUCAAAGUUAUACAGCCUGUACAACUCUGUCAUUGACAGCGUGAACGGGUAUUACGACAUUCUCUGGGCCGACCUCAAUAUAGAGAAAAUUAAUAGUGAACUCCAAGAUUUUCAGAACAGGAUCCGGAAACUUCCUAAAGCACUGAAGGAAUGGCAAGCUUUUAAUGAUCUGAAGAAGAAGAUUGAUGAUUUCAAUGAGACCUGUCCCUUACUCUACAUGAUGGCAAACAAGGCGAUGGUGUCCAGACACUGGCAGCGUUUGAGCAACCUUACUGGGCACAAGUUUGAGGUGGAAUCUGGAACCUUCAGUCUCAGAGACAUCAUGGAGGCCCCUCUGCUGAAAUACAAGGAAGACAUUGAAGACGUGUGCAUCAGUGCUGUGAAGGAGAGAGAUAUUGAGGCGAAGCUGAAAGACGUGGUGGCAGAGUGGAGUGGACACCAGUUCACGUUUGCCCCAUUCAGAAACCGUGGCGAGCUGCUUCUCAAGGGUUCAGACACGGUGGAGAAGGUGGCUCUGAUGGAAGACAGCCUAAUGGUGCUCGCCUCACUCAUGAGCAACAGGUGUACAAAUGCACCUUUCAAACCAACCAUUCAGAUGUGGGUGCAGAAACUUUCCAACACCUCAGAGGUGAUUGAGAAGUGGCUGAUGGUGCAGAACCUGUGGUUGUACCUGGAAGCCGUCUUUGUAGGGGGAGACAUCGCUAAGCAGCUUCCCCAGGAGGCCAAGCGUUUCCAGAACAUUGACAAAUCUUGGCAGAAGAUCAUGCAGCGAGCUCACGAGAUCCCGGGUGUGGUACAGUGCUGUGUGGGGGAUGAGACCCUGAGCCAGCUCCUGCCUCACCUGCUGGAGCAGCUGGAGGUGUGUCAGAAGUCUCUGAGUGGGUAUCUGGAGAAAAAACGACUGGUCUUCCCUCGCUUCUUCUUUGUCUCUGAUCCUGUCCUUCUGGAGAUCCUGGGUCAAGCGUCUGACUCUCACACCAUUCAGGUUCAUUUGUUGAAUCUCUUUGACAAUGUAAACAGGGUAGUGUUUCAUGAUAAGAACUAUGACCAGAUCCUGAGUUUUCAGUCUCAAGAAGGAGAGACUGUAGACCUGCUUCAGCAUGUCACUGCUCAGGGAAACGUGGAGGCAUGGCUGGGGUUGUUACUGGACGGGGUGAGGAGCACCAUCCACGGGAUCAUCAGACAAGCACACAUGGCCAUCAGUGACCCAGGGCUCAAACUGGUGGAGUUCCAGUCCGUGUUCCCGGCUCAGGUGGGACUGCUGGGAAUCCAGCUCAUCUGGACCAGGGAUGCUGAGGAAGCCAUUGGACUCAGCAAGACAGACAAGAAGGUCAUGCAGACGACAAAUCAGAAGUUUCUGGAUCUGUUAAACGAGCUGAUUGAUAUGACGACUCAUGACUUAACCAAAAAGGAGAGGACGAAGUAUGAGACACUGAUCACCAUUCACGUCCACCAGAAAGACAUAUUUGAUGAUUUGGUGCGAAUGAACAUCAGGUCCACCACAGAUUUUGAAUGGCAGAAGCAGUCCCGCUUCUACUUCAUUGAGGAUACAGACAGAUGCAUCAUCCAAAUCACGGACGUGGAAUUCGACUACUGUAAUGAGUAUCUAGGCUGCACAGACAGGCUGGUUAUCACACCUCUCACUGACAGGUGUUACAUCACCCUGGCCCAGGCACUGGGCAUGAGCAUGGGCGGGGCUCCGGCUGGCCCAGCAGGCACAGGGAAGACUGAGACCACCAAGGACAUGGGCCGCUGCCUGGGCAAGUACGUAGUCGUGUUCAACUGCUCAGAUCAAAUGGACUACCGGGGACUGGGACGCAUUUACAAAGGGCUGGCUCAGUCUGGUGCAUGGGGCUGCUUUGAUGAAUUCAACCGUAUUGAGCUUCCUGUGCUCUCUGUGGCUGCCCAACAAAUCUACAUCGUCCUACAGUGUAAGAAAAACAAGAAGCCUCAGUUUGUUUUCACGGACGGAGACGUCGUGGACAUGGACAGGGAGUUUGGCAUCUUCCUAACCAUGAACCCAGGAUACGCUGGCCGUCAGGAGCUUCCAGAGAACCUGAAGAUCCAGUUCCGCACUGUGGCCAUGAUGGUGCCUGACCGAGCCAUUAUCAUGAGGGUCAAGCUUGCUAGCGCUGGUUUCCGUGAUAACCAAGUCCUCAGCCGCAAGUUCUACACUCUCUAUAAGCUUUGUGAGGAACAGCUCUCCAAACAGGUUCACUACGACUUUGGUCUGAGAAACAUCCUGUCUGUCCUGCGGACUCUGGGAGCAGUGAAGAGGGCUAACCCCGAUGAAGCAGAAAAGACGGUGGUGAUGAGGGUUCUGCGAGACAUGAACCUCUCCAAACUGGUGGAUGAGGAUGAGCCUUUGUUUAUGAGUCUGAUUAAUGACCUGUUCCCUGGGAUCACUCUGGAUAAGGCUGGAUACCCUGAGCUGGAGGUUGCUAUCUGCACACAGGCCCAGGAGGCUGGUCUCAUUUUCCACCAGCCCUGGGUGCUGAAGCUGGUCCAACUCUAUGAGACCCAACGUGUUAGACAUGGUAUGAUGACCCUUGGUCCCAGCGGGACAGGGAAGACCACCUGCAUUCACACUCUGAUGAAAGCCAUGACUGACUGUGGUACUCCACAUAAAGAAAUGAGGAUGAACCCCAAAGCCAUCACAGCCUCGCAGAUGUUUGGCACGUUGGAUGUCGCCACCAAUGACUGGACUGAUGGAGUUUUCUCUACCCUAUGGAGAAAAACUCUCAAAGCCAAAAAGGGGGAACACAUCUGGAUUGUUCUAGAUGGUCCAGUGGAUGCUAUCUGGAUUGAGAACCUGAACUCUGUACUAGAUGACAAUAAAACCCUCACCCUGGCCAAUGGAGACCGUAUCCCCAUGGCUCCAAACUGUAAGGUGGUGUUUGAACCUCAUAAUAUUGACAAUGCGUCUCCAGCCACUGUGUCCCGAAACGGUAUGGUCUUCAUGAGCUCCUCUGUGCUGGACUGGCAGCCCAUACUCCAGGCCUGGCUGCAGAAGAUACCAAACACACAGGCUGAGGAGCUCCUCAACAGCUUCAAUUCCAUCUACCAGGACCUGAUGAAUUUCAUCUCCACUGCUGUCAGCCCUAAAAUGCACAUACUGGAAUGCAUGUACAUCAAACAGACCAUUGACCUUCUUCAGGGGCUGUUACCUACAGCUGAAGAGAAGUGCAUGAGGCAGGGACAUGUGCGUCGACUCUUUUUGUUUGCUCUGAUGUGGUCAGUGGGGGCCCUGCUGGAGCUGGAGGAUCGGGCUAAGAUGGAGGCUUUCCUCAAAAGCCACAGCGCCCCACUAGACCUGCCCAGCACACAGGGUGACCAAACCAUCUUUGAGUUCAUGGUCAAUGAGAACGGGGAAUGGGAUCUCUGGUCCGAGAGGGUGCCAGAGUAUGUGUAUCCUAAAGAUUCUGUUCCUGACUAUGCCUCCAUUCUCGUGCCUAACGUGGACAACAUAAGGACUGACUUCUUGAUGCAUACCAUAAUGAAACAGGGCAAAGCUGUGCUGCUCAUUGGAGAACAGGGCACAGCCAAGACUGUCAUGAUCAAGGGCUACACCAGUAAGUACGAUCCCGAGAGUCACCUCAGUAAGAGUUUGAACUUCUCCUCGGCCACCCUACCUGGCAUGUUCCAGCAGACCAUUGAGAGUUACAUCGACAAACGCAUGGGUACUACCUACGGACCACCAGCAGGGAAAAAAAUGACUGUCUUCAUUGAUGACAUCAACAUGCCUGUCAUCAAUGAGUGGGGAGACCAGAUUACAAACGAGAUUGUGCGUCAGCUAAUGGAGCAAGGUGGGUUUUACAGUCUGGAGAGGCCUGGGGAGUUCACCAGUGUGGUGGAUGUCCAGCUGGUGGCGGCUAUGAUCCAUCCUGGGGGUGGCCGUAACGAUAUCCCCCAGCGGUUGAAGAGGCAGUUCAGCGUUUUUAACUGCACUCUCCCUUCCAACUCCUCCAUCGAUAAGAUCUUCCACACACUGGCCCAUGGUUACUUCUGCCCAGAGCGGGGAUUUCCAGAUGAGGUGUGUUCCCUGGCUGCUGCCCUGGUUCCCACCACUAGGAGAGUUUGGCAGGCAGUCAAAGCCAAGAUGUUGCCUUCCCCUGCCAAGUUUCAUUAUGUAUUUAACCUGCGUGACCUGAGUCGGACGUGGCAGGGUAUUCUCACUGUGGGGGCUGAGGUGUGUCAAAAGCCAGAGAUGCUGGCCUCGCUCUUCCGCCAUGAGUGCUCCCGAGUCAUUGGUGACCGCUUCAUCGAUCACAAGGACUGGGAGAUAUUUGAGGACAUACUGGAGAGGAUCACUGUAGAGGACCAUGGGAAGUCUCUAGUGGAGUGUCCUCCGUGGGAAGAGUACUUCGUGGACUUUCUGAGAGAUGCUCCAGAGAUGACAGGAGAUGAACCUGAUGAUGCCGAGGCGGAGAUGCCGAAGAUCUACGAACCGGUUCCCUCUUUUCCUGCACUGACUGAGCGCUUGGCUCUGUUCCUUCAGCAGUACAAUGAAUCUGUGAGAGGCAGUGCCAUGGACCUGGUCUUUUUCAAGGAUGCCAUGAUCCACCUAGUGAAGAUCUCUCGGAUCAUCCGAACAGCCAGGGGUAAUGCGCUGCUCGUUGGAGUGGGAGGCUCUGGAAAACAAAGUCUCACCCGCCUGGCCUCCUUCAUUGCUGGUUACCAGAGCUUCCAGAUUACCCUGACACGGACCUAUAAUGUCAGCAAUCUCAUGGAGGACCUGAAGACCUUGUACCGAAUCGCUGGCCUGGAGGGUAAAGGCGUCACCUUCAUCUUCACUGACAAUGACAUUAAAGAUGAGGCUUUCCUGGAGUACAUGAACAAUGUCCUGGCCUCCGGCGAAGUGUCCAAUUUGUUUGCCAGAGAUGAGGUGGAUGAAAUUACCCAGGAUCUCAUACCCGCCAUGAAACGGGAGCAACCACGAUGUCUGCCCACUGUUGACAACCUCUUCAACUACUUCUUGUCACGGGUGCGCAGAAACCUGCACGUGGCUCUGUGCUUCUCACCAGUUGGCGAGAAACUUCGGUCCCGGGCCCUGAAGUUCCCUGGCUUGAUCUCAGGGUGCACUGUUGACUGGUUCCAGCGCUGGCCGAAAGACGCCCUGGUCGCAGUGGCCCAGCACUUCCUGGCCAGUUUUCCUUUCCGCUGUUCGGAGGAGGUGAAGCAGAGUGUCGUGGACACCAUGGGCAUCUUUCAGGACCUCGUGGCAGAGAUCUGUUCAGAGUACUUCCAGCGCUUUCGCCGCCAGACCUACGUAACACCCAAAUCAUACUUGGCCUUCAUCAAAAGCUACCAGGCAGUUUACUCUGAGAAGAUUGAGAAUGUGGGCAUGCUAGCAGAGCGCAUGAACACAGGUCUGGACAGACUUAUGGAAGCUGAACAAUCUGUCAAUCAGCUGUCCAAGGAGCUGGCAGUUAAAGAGCAGGAGCUGGAGGUGGCCUCUCUCAAGGCGGAUGGUGUCCUUCAGGAGGUCACAGUGAAAGCCCAAGCAGCAGAGAAGGUCAAGGCUCAGGUGCAGAAGGUCAAAGACAAGGCGCAGGCCAUUGUGGAUGAGAUUGAGGGUGACAAGAAAGUAGCAGAGACCAAGCUAGAAGCAGCUAAACCUGCGCUAGCUGCUGCUGAGGCAGCGUUACAGACCAUAAAACCAGCAGACAUUGCCACGGUGAGGAAACUGGGGAAGCCUCCUCAUCUGAUCAUGAGGAUUAUGGACUGUGUGCUGCUGCUGUUCCAGCGGCGGGUGGACACGGUUACCAUGGAUGCAGAGAGACCCUGUUUACGGCCCUCAUGGAACGAGGCUCUUAAACUCAUGAACAACUCAGCCUUCCUGAGCAUGCUGCUAAACUUUAACAAGGACAGCAUCACAGAGGAGUCGGUGGAGCUCCUUGCUCCAUACCUCAGUAUGGAAGAUUACAACCUGGAGGCAGCUAAGAGAAUCUGUGGCAAUGUUGCAGGUCUGUGCUCCUGGACUGAGGCCAUGGUGGACUUCUUUGGCAUUAAUAAGGAGGUCCUGCCUCUGAAGGCAAACUUGAAAUUACAGGAGGCUCGUUUGGAAGUGGCUCAAGGAGAGUUGGCACGGGCACAGGAGCAGUUGGACGCCAAGCAGAAGGAGCUGGACGAGGCCCAAGCCCUGUACGAUGCUGCCGUCAGAGAGAAAAAGGCCCUGCUUGACGAUGCUGAGGGCUGUCGCCGCAAAAUGUCUAACGCCAUGGCUCUCAUUGAUGGACUAGGUGGGGAGAAGGUUCGCUGGACAGAGAGCAGUGCCAGAUUCCAGAGUCAGAUUAAACACCUGGUGGGUGAUGUCUUAUUGGCCACUGGGUUUCUCUCCUAUGCUGGGCCUUUUAACCAGGAGUAUCGCAACCUACUCCUACAGCAGUGGAAGAGAGAGAUGAGCACCCACCACAUCCCCUUCAGUGAUACUCUGAAUAUUACUGGCAUGCUGGUAGACAAUGCCACUAUCGGGGAAUGGAACCUCCAGGGUCUUCCCAAUGACGACCUGUCCAUUCAGAAUGGCAUCAUCGUCACCAAAGCCUCACGCUACCCCCUCCUCAUUGACCCCCAGGGACAGGGCAAAAGCUGGAUCAAGAACCGUGAGAGUGCCAACGAACUCCAGGUCACAUCCUUGAACCACAAGUACUUCCGAACACAUCUAGAAGACUGUAUGUCUCUGGGAAGGCCUCUUCUCAUUGAGGAUGUAGGGGAAGAGCUGGACCCUGUCCUGGACAACAUCUUAGAAAAGAACUUCAUCAAGUCUGGUUCCACAUAUAAAGUGAAGGUGGGAGACAAAGAAGUGGAUGUGAUGAAGGACUUCACACUCUACAUCACCACAAAACUGGCCAACCCUGCUUACACCCCUGAGGUCAGCGCAAAAACCGCUGUAGUAGAUUUUACCGUCACCAUGAGGGGUCUGGAGGACCAGCUGCUAGGCCGAGUCAUCCUAAUCGAGAAACAGGAGAUGGAGUCAGAGCGAGUGAAGCUCCUGGAGGAGGUGACAUCUAACAAGAGGAAGAUGCAGGAGCUGGAGGACAGUCUCCUGUACCGUCUGACUAGCACCCAGGGCUCCCUAGUAGACGAUGAAUCUCUGAUUGAAGUGCUCAGGGUAACCAAGAGCACAGCUCAGGAGGUGAGUGAGAAGUUGGCAGUGGCAGCAGAUACAGAGGUGAGGAUUAAUCUGGCGAGGGAGGAGUACCGUCCUGUUGCCACCAGAGGGAGCAUUCUCUACUUUCUCAUUGUGGAGAUGAGCCUGGUGAACGUCAUGUACCAGACGUCUCUCAGGCAGUUCCUUGGCCUUUUUGACACCUCCUUGAACAAAUCAGAAAAAUCUCAGAUUACCUCCAAGAGGCUAAACAACAUAAUGGAGUACCUGACCUACGAGGUGUUCUGCUACACCGCCCGCGGCCUCUACGAAGAGCACAAGCUCCUCUUCACUCUGCUCCUGGCUCUGAAGAUAGACCUACAGGCCAACAACAUCUCCCACAAUGAGUUUCAAACCUUCAUCAAAGGUGGAGCAUCGCUAGACCUGAACUCAGUGGAGCCAAAACCUCGGCGCUGGAUUCUGGACAUGACCUGGCUGAACUUGGUGCAGCUGUCUAGUCUCCAUCCCUUCACUGCCCUCCUGAGGCAGGUGGCCCACAAUGACCGGCCGUGGAAGGCCUGGUUUGAUGAGGCCGCGCCAGAGGAAGCCCAGUUGCCUGAUGGGUAUGACGGCCUGCUGGACGCUUUCCGCAAGCUUCUGCUAAUCCGCUGCUGGUGCCCCGAUCGAACCAUUGCUCAGGCUCGUAAAUACAUCACAGAGUCGAUGGGAAACAGAUAUGCAGAGGGUGUGAUUUUGGACAUGGAAGCGAUGUGCACAGAGAGUGACAAGAGAACCCCAAUGGUCUGUCUCCUGUCCAUGGGUUCAGACCCUACGGAGAACAUAGAGAGACUCGCUAAGUCAAAGAAUGUUCCCUGCAGGCCAAUCUCCAUGGGUCAGGGUCAGGAGAUCCACGCACGACGGUUACUCGCCCAGAGCAUGGCCGACGGUGGGUGGCUACUGCUGCAGAAUUGUCACCUGGGUCUUGAUUUCUUGGACGAGUUACUGGACACUGUCACGGCUGCUGAGAGCGUUCAUGACAGCUUCAGAGUCUGGGUCACCACAGAGGUCCAUCCAAAGGUCCCCAUUAACUUCCUACAGUCUUCCAUUAAGUUCACCAACGAGCCUCCACAAGGAGUGAAAGCUGGAUUAAAAAGGACUUAUAGCAGUGUGACCCAGGAACAGUUGGAGAUCACCAACAUGCCUCAGUGGAGACCUCUCUUAUAUGCUGUAGCGUUCCUCCACACCACUGUCCAGGAGAGGCGUAAGUUUGGGCCCCUGGGCUGGAACAUCCCCUAUGAGUUUAACCAGGCCGAUUUCACCUCCAGUGUGCAGUUUGUGCAGAACCACCUGGACGAGGUGAAUGUGCAGCGUGGAGUGAACUGGAGCUGCCUGCGAUACAUGCUGGGAGAGGUCCAGUACGGCGGCCGUGUUACUGACGACAUGGACAAAAGACUGCUCAACACGUUUGCACGUAUUUGGUUCAGUGAAAACAUGUUUGGAGACACAUUCUGUUUUUAUAAGGGUUACACCAUCCCGAAGGCCAAAUCUGUGCAGGACUAUCUCACACACAUCGACGCUCUGCCCUUGGUCGAGUCCCCAGAGGUGUUUGGCCUGCACCCCAACGCUGACAUCACCUACCAGACGAACCUGGCCAAUGAAACGCUAAACACAAUCAUUAGCAUUCAGCCCAAGGACAGCAGCAGUGGGGGAGGGGAGACCAGGGAGGCUGUGGUUCAGAGACUGGCCAAUGAGAUGCUGGAGAAGCUUCCUGCUGAUUAUGUUCCACACGAGGUGAAGGCUCAUUUACAGAAAAUGGGGCCCUUUCAGCCAAUGACCAUAUUCCUGCGGCAGGAACUUGACCGUAUGCAACGAAUCAUUGCCUGUGUGCGCAACACACUCACUGACCUCAAACUUGCCAUCGACGGGACAAUAAUCAUGUCAGAGGAUCUGCGUGAUGCACUGGACAGCAUGUAUGACGCCCGUGUUCCAAAACUGUGGCGAAAAAUCUCCUGGGAAUCAGCCACACUGGGCUUCUGGUUCACAGAGCUGCUGGAGAGAAACCAGCAGUUCCACACCUGGACCUUCACUGGGCGUCCUCACCAGUUCUGGCUAACAGGGUUCUUUAAUCCACAGGGGUUUUUGACUGCAAUGGCAGUCAGGUAGACGACGCGGAUGAACUUAUCCAAGGGCUGGGGCCUUGGACACAGUCAUUCUGUUAAUGACGUAACGCGCCUGAUGAAGGAGGACGUUACAGGACCGCCCCCGGGAGAUGUGGGAGGAGUCUACAUCUACGGCCUCUUUCUGGAUGGAGCAGGGUGGGACCGGCGAAAUGCCAAACUGACAGAAUCUCCUCCCAAGGUGCUCUUCACCCCCCUGCCUGUGGUGCAUGUGUAUGCAGUAAGCAGUAUGGCACCAGCUGAUGCCAAACGACCGCAGCCACUCAGCCUGUACCCCUGUCCUGUGUAUAAGAAACCCAGACGCACAGACCUCACCUUCAUCUUCUCACUGUCACUGCGAACGAGCCAGCCGCCCGACCACUGGACACUGCGUGGAGUCGCACUGCUCUGUGACUGCAAAUGA